CUUAUACAUUUCACUAGCUUCUUUUCCUACCUCUUCCCCUAAUUUUUGACUUCCUUCUUAUCAUUUUAUUACAAAUGAAAGAGGAAAAAACAGUCAUGAGUGAGCCUUUAUCUUAGUUUGGGUGAAGUAUUGUUGGUUUGCAUCCAGUUGCUGGAAAUCUUGGAGACUACUCAAAAACCUAGUGGGAGUGGAUAAUGGAUUCAACUUUUGGGUCUGCUUAACGGCUUCCUUAGCUAUAACUCAUUUGUUUCCAGACCUGCUUGAAUAUCAAUCACCAUAUAAAGCGAUAAGUUGAGGUAAUUAAACCCUUUAGCUCAUUUAUCUCUAGAAUUAUUUCCAUGUUUUGUUUUCAUGUGAUUCUCUCGUUCUUUUUCACACAUCCUAAGAUGAGUUUGGCAGUUCUAGUGCAAAUUCGCGUAUCUCACAUAUUCCUCUUAUUAUUUAUUUAUUGCGUAUAUAUUGUUGUGCGUGUUUUUUGUAUUUGAUGACAAAUUUUUUAACGUGUCCGAGAUACGGGAUGGUAUACCAUAUGACAUUAAAUAAGUUGAGGGUCACUUGAAGAAUAGAAUUUCCCUCCGCUUAUAAUAACUUCGUGUUCUGGGUACACUGAUUUUUUUUUUUUUUUUUUUUUUGUAUUUAGGAUAAUCUACAUUGAAUUAUUAAAAUAUUAAGGGGAGAGGAAUUCAGGAUCUUACAACUUUUAUGGCUGAAAGACGCUGCUUGUGUUUAAUCUCUAGAAAUAAUGAAGCUAGUAAUAUUAUCUUAUUUUGAAUAGCUAGUUCAAUUGCAUAAUCGAUCUUUGGUUGAAAUAAUCAUUUAAUUUUAUAAGUUGUCAAAAGAACUUGAGAAGCACUUAGAUUUUUGUAAAAAAUUUCAAAUAGUUUCUAAUAAGAGUAAUUCUAGUUAGACCAAAUUUUUAAUAAAAAAACUUCUAGCAAAAACUCUUACAAGCAUAAGCGUUUUCUAUAUAAGUGAAUCUUAAAUGAGCCAUAAAUAAUCAUUUUGGUAUCUGUUGAAGUGAGUGCCGAUUCAUGAACAUAACUACUCGUGGUUCAGUUUCCCACUGUAUAAAAUCCUAGCUAGAUAUGUUCAGUUUAAUGUUGAGUGAAGAGCAUUGUGUGCGAUAUGUUCAGUUUAAUGUUGAGCAAAGAGUAUUGUGUGUAUGUGUGUGUCUAUAUUAAUCUUUUGGUAUUCUUGUUCAGUACCCUUGUGACGUCUCGCAAAAUUUCCCAUUCAAUGGCGCCCAGUCUCCCUGAUGAAGUCAAACUCGACAUACUCUCGAGGCUGCCGGUUAAAUCUUUAAUGCGAUUUCGGUGCGUGUGCAAGCCAUGGCUUCAUGUAAUCUCCAAUCCUCAGUUCGUUGCGCAACACCAGAGAAACACGGUCACAAACACCAGCAAGAACAACAUCAAGCUCUUCGUUGCAAAAAUGUCCGAUGACCAUCUCGAUCUCCUUUCCAUAGACUAUAAUGAUGAUGUUGUUUCAACCAGAGUGCUCAAGUAUCCGUCUGUAAUUAAACCAGAUAUGGUUAUCGAUAUUUUGGGUUCGUGUAACGGUUUGGUAUGUCUAGAAAUUGACUUUGGCGAAUACCCUUACAACAUUAUCUUAUGGAACCCUUCCACCGGAGAUACCAAUGUGUUACCGGAACCUCCUUAUGUUGACCGUAAUAAGAUAUUUUACGGAUUAGGGUACGAUUCCUCCGCUGAAGAUUACAAGUUAAUAUUGGGCAGUCGUGACAGUACAACUUCAACUGAAGAGCCUUUCCGAUCCAUGAUAUAUGUCUUUACAGUCAAAACGAAUUCAUGGAGGACUUGUCGAGACCCGUAUUAUCUUGAGAAGAAUGAUCACCGGGGCUGCUUCUUAAAUGGAGCUCUUCACUGGAUACAGCUUCAGAGAAGAAUUUCUAAGAUCGUCUCUUUUGAUUUAGCAGAAGAAAAUUUUAAGAGCACACUGUCAUUGCCCCAACGUGACGAUAGAGAUAUCUUCGUCGGAAUCGGGACCAGCCAAGGUUGUCUCUUUGUGUAUACUUCAGCGCUCCAGGAUAAAACUUUUUCGAUAUGGAUUAUGAAGGAAUAUGGAGUCAAGGAAUCUUGGACAAGAGUCGCGAAAAUUUCAUCAACGAGAUUAGCUAGACAGAUUUUUGUUGACUUUUGUGAUCUUACUGUGAUGCCUGUAUGCAUCUUCGAGAGUGGUGAAGUUUUGCUGGAUCAUGAGGGAAGGAUCUUGGUGAUCUAUAAUCCCAGGCAAAAAACAUACAGAAUUAUCAUCGAGGCUGACGACGAAAACGACGUUGAAGCAGUUACUUAUCCAGAGACUUUGGCUUUACCUGGAGGUGGUGCAAACAUGUGA